AUGGAGCCGCUGGAGGUGAACAGCAGCUGCAGCAACGGGUCUCUGGUCACCCUUUCAUGCCUUUCCCACCGGGUCGUGUGCCAAGUGAUCAGCAAUGCUGACCCAGCUGACUCUGUUCAGGACAAUGGGACUUUGGAUAACUCCUGGAUAACUCGUCUGGAAAGCAAUUAUGGAUUCUACAUUGGCCUGGGCUUGGCUGUCUUCUCCAGCUUCCUCAUCGGAAGCAGCGUCAUCCUCAAGAAGAAGGGGCUGCUGCGGCUGGUGGAGAAGGGAGGCACCAGGGCAGGAGACGGAGGCCACGGCUACCUGAAGGACUGGCUCUGGUGGGCUGGCUUGUUAACCAUGGGUGGAGGGGAAGCUGCCAACUUUGCUGCCUAUGCCUUUGCUCCUGCAACUAUUGUCACGCCUCUGGGGGCUCUGAGCGUGCUCAUAAGUGCCAUCCUGUCUUCGUAUUUGCUUGGCGAACGGCUCAACCUGCUGGGAAAGCUGGGCUGCAUGCUGAGCCUUGUGGGCAGCACUGUGAUGGUGAUACAUGCCCCAGAAGACGAGGAGGUCACCACUCUGGAAGAAAUGUCUUCUAAGCUGAAAGAGCCAGGUUUCCUUACUUAUGCUGCAAUCCUUUUGGCUGCCUGCUUCCUCCUGAUCUUCUGCCUCGCACCCCGCUAUGGCCAGAACAACAUCCUCGUCUACCUCACCAUCUGCUCUGUUAUCGGUGCCUUCUCCGUGUCCUCAGUCAAGGGCCUGGGUAUUGCCAUCAAGGGCUUCUUUGCUGGCCAGCCUGUGCUGCAGCACCCAUUGACAUGGAUCCUAGUCAUCACGCUGGUGGCAUCCAUCACUACACAAAUUAACUACCUCAAUAAGUCUCUAGACAUUUUCAACACCUCUUUGGUGUUUCCCAUCUACUAUGUGCUGUUCACCACCAUCGUCAUCACAACUUCCAUCAUCCUCUUUAAGGAGUGGGUCACCAUGACGGUAGUGGAUAUCAUUGGGACAGUUUGUGGCUUCCUCACCAUCAUUUUGGGGGUGUUUUUACUCCACGCCUUCAAAGACAUGGACGUCAGUUUAGGGAAUCUACCACAAGUCCUCCAGAGCGGACAGCAAGAACCAGUCACCCGAGACGACAGGAACAUCCUGAUAGAGGUGGACAACUCCAGCAUCGCCCCAGAGGAUAAACCUAAAGUAUUCAUGAUCUGCACUUAG